AUCUAUUAGAUGUCUGUAGAGCAGCAAGCUAUCUCAUAGAAAAACUAAAUAAUGUUUGGAAUGCAAAAUACUUGUGAGUCAAAACUUAGUGGUACCUUGAAUGCUUCCACAGUGUAAAUAUAUCUGACCCUUCUUUGCUUCUGGUGCAAAAAUUGAAAACCAAUUGUUCUGUUAAUGAGUGUAAAGUGUACGUUGUUUCGGAUAAAAUGAACUUCCGGGCAUUGGGCAAUAUUGCUCUUAAGGUUGAACAAAUAAACAUUAAACUUCGAACGAACACUAGAACUUUUCGAUUAUUAAUCCAACAAUGCGGAGUCUUCUACAAAGUUUGGUUAGCGUUCUAUAAAAGUGAAGCAUUCUGUUGAUGAAUCCCCACAUAUUCAUUUUCCCUGCUUUUCACAUAUAACGCAUAAUAAUCGAUAUUAAAAUGGUUUCCAAUACUAAAAUCAUUUUUGCCAAAAUCCCUACUGGUUACCCAGAGGUUGGAGAGCAUAUGGUCAUUAAGAAAGACGAAAUUGACCUUGAUGCUGAUAUUCCUCAAGGAGCUGUCCUUGUCAAAAAUUUAUGCUUAUCUGUGGAUCCCUACAUGCGUGGCCGUAUGCGUGAUGCCAAUGUCAAGUCUUAUUCUCCUGCUUUCACUGUAAACGAGCCUAUGAAUGGCCAUGGCAUGUCUGAAGUGAUCAAAUCCAACAACGACAAGUUUAAAAAGGGGGAUAUUGUCUAUGGUAUGGUCGGGUUUGAAGAAUAUACUCUUGUUCCCAAGGAGCUUAUGCCUAUGUUGGAAGUACGCAAUGAAGCCAAGUCUUCCAAAAUCCCUCUCACAAACUAUAUAGGAGUCCUUGGUAUGCCUGGCAUGACUGCCUACGUUGGGCUGAAAAAGUUUGGUAAGCCUAAAAAGGGAGAGAGUCUCUACGUUUCUGCAGCUUCAGGUGCUGUUGGUCAGCUUGUUGGACAAAUGGGAAAGAUUCUUGGUUUACACGUCGUUGGAUCUGCUGGUUCAGAUGAAAAAGUUGCUUACUUAAGGGAAUUAGGCUUUGACGGCGCAUUCAAUUACAAGACGCAAGAUACGAAAGAAGCCUUUAAAGAGCUUUUGCCAAACGGUAUUGAUAUUUACUUUGAAAAUGUUGGUGGUAAGAUGCUGGAGGAUGUAAUUAGCCAUUGUAACAAGUUUGCUAGAAUUGUCUGCUGCGGUAUGAUCUCUCAAUACAAUACCACUGAACCUUAUGGUAUCCGUAAUCUUAUGCAAGUUAUUGCGAAAUCACUGGAAAUCCGUGGUUUUAUCGUCAGUGAUAGCCUUGAAAUGCAAGAAUCAUUUAGGAAAGAAGUAACUGAAUGGAUCAAGAAUGGUAAAAUCUCAUAUAGAGAAUCUGUCGCGGAAGGUAUUGAAAGCGUUCCUCAAGCGUUAGUGGAUGUUUUGCAUGGAAAGAACUUUGGCAAGCAAGUCGUUAAAAUCGCAGAAUUGUAGUUCCUCUUUUUAUAACUUAUAUCGAAUUUGUGAAUAAUUAGAUGCAUUAUCGUCUUUGCAUUGUCAAUAAAGAAAUACUAGCAUAAGAUUAUGACUAU